AUGUCAGCAAAGCACCACAGAAACUUGCCUACGACAUUCCUAACGCAACUACCUUUUGACAUUCUCAACAAGAUUUUUUCUCAACUCAAACAGCGCGAUUGUAUUGCCUGCGUCGGUGUCUGUCACGAAUGGUACAAUCACGUACCACAGUACAUUACCCACAUUUGGGAGUCCGUAACACUGUCCCAACGCCAUCUUGAUGCCGUAUUGGACGCUAGUCACUCAAAAAGCACAAUGUGUUGUCUCAAACGAUGUCUUGGAAGUCAUGUCAAACACGUUGAACUGGUUGGGUUUGAGUAUGAGCUCGACUUGUAUUGGAUGAUGCAGAACUUGAUUGAUUGGAGCUGUGAUCAAAUUCAAACGUUAGCUCUUACCCAUUUUACAUACAAACCCGCCGAUUCCGCAGUUCUGGUCGCUGCCAUACACAAUCAAGAGCCCCAUGUUGACGAAACACUCAUUAUGAUGAGUGAUAACAGCAGUACUCGUAGUGGCAGUGGUAGCGAAGCUGUGUGUGAGCAACAACCGCGAUCUUCAACAAAAACGUUUUGCUGA